CUUUUUGAUGAUCCACCAUCAAAACCCUAGCAACUGAGAGAGCCUUCCCUAAAUAUUAGGGUUUCUUCCUUCUCCAUUUCUCUCCUACCCAGCGGCUGCAUCUCCACAGCAGAGUCUUCCAAUGGCUUCAGAGAAGAAACUCUCAAACCCAAUGAGAGACAUCAAGGUCCAGAAGCUCGUCCUCAACAUCUCCGUUGGAGAAAGUGGAGAUCGCCUCACCAGAGCCGCUAAGGUGUUGGAACAACUCAGUGGCCAAACCCCUGUUUUCUCUAAAGCAAGAUACACUGUUCGAUCCUUUGGGAUCAGGCGUAAUGAGAAGAUUGCUUGCUACGUCACUGUCAGGGGCGAGAAAGCAAUGCAGCUUCUUGAGAGUGGUUUAAAGGUCAAGGAAUAUGAGUUGCUGAGGAGGAACUUUAGCGAUACUGGCUGUUUUGGUUUUGGUAUCCAGGAGCACAUUGAUCUUGGAAUCAAAUAUGAUCCCUCAACUGGAAUUUAUGGUAUGGACUUCUUUGUUGUUUUGGAGCGCCCGGGUUACCGUGUUGGCCGUCGUAGAAGGUGCAAGUCUCGUGUUGGAAUCCAGCACAGGGUCACAAAAGAUGAUUCUAUGAAGUGGUUCCAGGUGAAAUACGAGGGUGUGAUCCUUAACAAGGCCCAGACAAUAGCUGGAUCUUAGGUCUGAGGAAGCCCGACAGUUUUAGGUUUUUGCAAUUUUUGGUUCACAAGUUUUGGUAAUAUUUGAGGUUGUGGACAAAAAUUUGUGACCCCUUUUUAUUUGCUGUUCUACAAUUUCAGAGAUAAUUCUUCAUCAUUACUAUUUCAAUAUUUUGGUGGAUCAUCAUGUUUGGACAAAAUUCCAGUGAGAAUGGAUAUUCUACCCCUGUUUUUGAA